AAAGUAGUAUCACCAAAUCUUAAAAUUUUGUGCGGAGGUGGGAACAAGGAGGGGCCCAUCAAAAAAAAAAGAAGGAAAGCAAACUUAAAUAUUGAUAGCAAACCACACCAUAUUUCUCUAGUUCUUCUUCCUCUUCAGUUCAAGUAUACCUGAAUAUCAAUUGAGAUACUUCAUAAUAGUUCCAAUUGAUCAUGGAAUUCAUAACCCCUGGGAUUUACUCAGGUACAAAUCGGUCAUCAAAAGUCUUACGAGAAAUCAAUAAUAAUAAUCGAAUAUCACUUUCAAUUAAAACCAAAUUUAAUGAAAUCAAUAAACUUACCACACAGUUCUUAACCAAUGAAUUGACGGUAUAUUCCCAACAACCCGUCCAAGCAGAAGAUGUCUCAUUCCAAACCUUACAGAAAUCAUUCCAUGAUUUAUAUUAUUUAUUAAACAUUGAAGAAUUCAAAUUUGAUAAGAUAUCAACUAUAAAUAUCAAGAAAUUACAAUCGAUUUAUGAUAAUUUGAAAGAUAUAAACAUUAAUUUAGACCUUAGUGUGGCAGAUAAUAAUGACGUUUCGAUCAUUAAUGGUACCACUUUACAAUUGAUCAAUUAUUAUAUGAUAUUAACAUCUACGUUAAAUUUAUCCAAUUCCAUCAUUUUAAAUACUCUUCAACUUAAAAAUGAUUAUUUCUAUUGGUUAAGUAUUAAGAAUUCGAAUGUGAAUAAAAUCAUUUAUACGGUCCAAUCAUUGCCGUUUAAGAUAUAUGGAUUUAGUCAAUCAGUGUUUAAUCAUUUAGAGAAAUUAUCCACUAAUAAUUCAUUAACGAUAUUAACAACUCAAGGCACAGAGGAAGAUCAUGAUCUUUAUUUCAAUUGGAUUAGAGUUAAACAAUUCAGUCAUCGAUUAUAUAAAGCCAUUUCGAAAUCAAUCUAUUCUACUUUCAUUAUCAAUAAUCCAACUGUUUCAUUAUUAAAUAUUACAACAAUAAGGACGAAUAGUUUUAAAUAUUAUACCGAUUUAAUUAAAUAUAUCGUGAAGUAUCCGGGAAAUCUUAUCAACAAUGACAUUAAUCAAAAACUUUCCUUCAUAAAGAGUCAAAUCGAUGAUCAGACUGAUAAAAUUGAUCAAUUAAUCAAAACCAAUUUAAAUGAUAAAGAAUCGACUUUACUUACUUUGGAAUCAAUCUUAUCUCCUGGAAUCCCUCCUUCAGAUAAUGAUAUUCAAAGAUUGAACAGUAUCUUAUUAAACAUUAUUGACUUCAAUACCACGAUAAAUCAACAAUCAAACAUUCCAUCUGUAUUAGCAAGAUAUUGGCCGGUGAUAUUAAUUGGAUUACUUUAUGGACCUUCGCAAUCAUUUAAAUUAUAUUCAAAUCGAUAUGAAAUUUUAAAUUGGAUAAAGUUUAAUAUUUAUGAUACCACGAUUGGAUUCUUUAAAAAUUGGGUUAUAAAACCGGUAAAUGAAGUAUUAGAUACUUUAAGAUCAGAUGAUUCCUUAUCGAUCACCACCAAAGAAUCGUUAAAAUCAGAUUUAGAUUCAUUAGAACGAAUGAUGCUUGAAUUCGUCCAAGACAAUGCCACAACUUCCACUACUGAUAUAAACCCGGCUGAUAUUCAUAAUGCGAUCCAAAAUGGAGAUUUAACCCUUGUGAUGAAUCAAUAUGAAUCUCAAAUUCGAACUCCCAUAAAAUCACUCGUGAAAGGGAAUUUAAUCCGAUCAAUUUUAAUUCAAAUCCAAAAGACAAAAGUCGAUGGAGGAUAUGCUAUAAAUGGUAUUGAUAAGAUUUUAAAAUCGCAACAAUUAGUAUUUGGAUUCGUAUCAUUAAGUCCAUCAUUGAUAAUCUUAUAUCAAUUAUAUACCUACCUCACUAGUUCCAAACCGAUCUUUAUCAAUGGUAAACAAGUCAAUGUGAUCUGUCUUAAAUCGUUGAAUAAUAUUGAGAAUUUAUUAAUCUUAUUAAACCAACACCAUCAGGAUGAUGAAGAGUCGGCUAAUAAUUAUGAAGGACAAUUAUUGAUUGAAAUUAUAAAUUUAAUUGUCAUUGCCGAUUAUAUAAUUCCUAAACCAUUGAAAUCGGAUUGGAUUAAAGAUUUGAAUGAAUUAAAUAAUAAUGAAUUUGAUAUUGAUAUUAAAUUGAAAUUAAUCGGAAAGAUUUGGAACGUUUAUGGAGCUUACUUUAGAAGUUAGUUUACUCAAUACAUAUAUAUUCUACAAUAAUAACAUGCUAUUUC